AUGUCCGACAGACUCGAUGGCUGCCUGACGUUUGGAGCCACUGCGAUCAUCGAGCUUCUGCCGCCCGGCAACCUGGUGAAGAAGUCGCCGCAUCCGUUUCUGUGCUCUAGCGAGAGGCAUCGCCAAGUCGGCCAACUCAUGCGCGAAGUCCUCAUCUACAAACGACUUGCACCUCACCGACGACUGAUCAAGAUGAUGAGCUAUUCAUGUUCCGCCGACGAGAUGGAUGGUCACGUCAUAUUCGAGUACAUGCGACUCGGCAGCCUGGAAGCCCAUCUCGCCUCUGACGCCGUGAUCACGCAGUCGCAACAACUAGACUGGUGUCUCCAAGCCACUGAGGGCAUUGCGUUUCUUCAUAGCUCUGGCGUCUUUCAUGGCGAUAUUAAACCCGAAAACAUGGUUCUCGACGACAACAUGUGCGUACGCAUCAUUGAUUUCUCGGGAUCUUCAAUAGAUGGUCUUCCGCCGCUUUGUCUGGAGAGCGCGAGGUAUUUCCUGCCGCGCCCCGAGCCGACCUGCAAUGUGCAGACCGAUCUUUUUGCUUUGGGGUCCUCCAUUUAUCAUAUUAUGCAGCGUGCGCCCCCGUUCAAGGAUCUCGAUAUCGACGAGAUAGAGGAUCGCUACAAGCGACAAGAUUUUCCAGAGCUCACAAACGUGUUUUGUGGAAGCAUCAUUGCAGCGGCGCGCUGUGAUCUCCUCACCAAAGAUCAGCAGGAAUCUUGCGAUGUUUCCCCCUGGAUUCUAUGGGGCUUAGGACGGCUGUUUGACUUUGAACGCUUUGCCAACUGUCGGACGGGAAGUAGUGUAGGUAGGGCAAUCCGUCAACUGCUUGACGAUCCCAAUUCUUUGCACGUAGCAUUCGCAUUCGCACAGUCCGAGGCCCACGCGAUGACCCUUGGGCAGCAUGUGUAG